AUCCAGACCUGUGAGACGCUAGCGGAAUGCCUACAUCAACCAUUGAAUAAUGCCCCAUCGGUGCGCCUCCACAUCAUGCUCAAGGGAAAGAAUAUGCAGAUCCACGGACAAUCUGUCUUCGACGUAUUCGCCAGACCAGGCAUGACCUCUGACCUAACAAGCGUUCGCUACGACGGAUUCACCACAUUUAUCCAGGGAGAUUCAAAGUUUACGUAUAUGGUUGUUGAUGGCUCCGCAUACGUCGUGGAGAGUACGGGAAAUGACAGCAUGUCUGUCACCACACAAACCGUGAAAUGCCUGUCUUCAAUCACACCGUUCGACUCCAUCGUUGAUGCACUCAACAAUCUCACGGCCGUUUCGAGUGAGUAUAUCAUCAAUAGCAGCGAGGUGGACUGUCCUAGUGGAAGUCUAUACGAGGCGUCAUUUGGUGGCACACACUUUAUUGUAUGCGCGCUUGGAGCGGAUGGUUUCAUCGCCUAUGGGAGGGAAAUUACGAUGGCGACAGAGUACUUAGAUAGCCCGCUGAGCAGAAUUUCUGCUCCGAAGUUAACUGACGGCGCUGAAUCAUGUGCAGAUGUGGUAAAUCCAACAUCAUUAUCUCCAACUACGUUAGCUUUGCUGACAGGUAAGGAAGCUUCGCCGACUUGCAACACUCUUGAAAAAUGUUAGGCUUUAGCGUGCGG